UUCGGCGCGCAGGCCGGGUUUGGGAGCGGCUAUCUCGGGACGCCAGCCCAGGGCGGCUGCGCAGAGGGUUGGCCUCAGUGGCGGAGCUGGCUGCUGGCUUCAGCUCUGUCUCUGCCCAGGUCCUUGUGACCCGUCCGCUCUCCUAAGGGAGCGUGUCCUGGCCCCCUCCCGCAGCGGCUCGGAAAAAAGGCAGCACCGCGUCGUUGACAGCGCGGGCUCUGGACUCGCUGCUUGGUAAAAACCUUCCUCUUCCUCCAGUGCGGGACGCACUCUCCGGUAUCUCUCUUGACCUCCCCCAGGCUUUCCUUUGUUGGCGGCGCCGCCACUGUACUAUGGCAUACCUCGUUUUAUUACGCUUCGCAGAUAGGGCUUUCUGAAAACAAAUGGAGGGUUUGUGGCAGCCCUGAGUCCAGCAAUUGUAUCAGCGCCAUUUUUCCAACAGCAUGUGCUCAUUUCGUGUCUCUGUGUUACAUUUUGGUAAUUCUCAAAAUAUUUCAAACUUUUUCAUGAUUUCUGUGUCUGUUAUGGUGAUCUAUGAUCAGUGAUCUUUGAUGUUGCUAUUGUCAUUGUUUUGGGGUGCCACAUACAGCGUCUUUUAUAAGACGUCCAACUUAAUGUUGUGUGUGUUCUGACUGCCCCACCCACAGACUGUUCCCCAUCUCUCUCCCUCUUCUUGGGCCUCCCUAUUCCCUGAGACACAACAAUAUUGAGAUUAGGCGAAUUAAUAACUCUGCAAUGGCCUCUAAGUGCUCAAGUGAAAGGAAGAGUCGCACGUCUCUCACUUUAAAUCAAAAACUAGAAAUGAUUAAACUGAGUGAGGAAGGUAUGUCAAAAGCCGAGAUAGGCCGAAGGCUAGGCCUCCUGCGGCAAACAGUUAGCCAAGUUGUAAAUGCAAAGGAAAAGUUCCUGAAGGAAGUUAAAAGUGCUACUCCAAUGAACACACGAAUGAUAAGAAAGCGAAACAGCCUUAUUGCUGAUAUGGAGAAAGUUUUAGUGGUCUGGAUAGAAGAUCAGACCAGCCGCAACAUUCCCUUAAGCCAAAGCCUAAUCCAGAACAAAGCCCUAACUCUCUUCAACUCUAUGAAAGCUGAGAGAGGUGUGGAAGCCGCAGAAGAAAAGUUUGAAGCUAGCAGAGGUUGGUUCAUGAGGUUUAAGGAAAGAAGCCGUUUCCAUAACAUAAAAGCACAAGGUGAAGCAGCAAGUGCUGAUGUAGAAGCUGCAGCAAGUUAUCCAGAAGCUUUAGCUAAGAUAGUUGACGAAGGUGGCUACACUAAACAACAGAUUUUCAAUGUAGAUGAAACAGCCUUCUAUUGGAAGAAGAUGCCAUCUAGGACUUUCAUAGCUAGAGAGGAGAAGUCAGUGCCUGGCUUCAAAGCUUCAAAGGACAGGCUGACUCUCUUGUUAGGGGCUAAUGCAGCUGGUGACUUUAAGUUGAAGCCAAUGCUUAUUUACCAUUCUGAAAAUCCUAGGGCCCUUAAGAAUUAUACUAAAUCUACUCUACCUGUGCUAUAUAAAUGGAACAGCAAAGCCCGGAUGACAGCACAUCUGUUUACAGCAUGGUUUACUGAAUAUUUUAAACCCACUGUUGAGACCUACUGCUCAGAAAAGAAGAUUCCUUUCAAAAUAUUACUGCUCAUUGACAAUGCCCCUAGUCAUCCAAGAGCUCUGAUGGAGAUGUACAAGGAGAUUAAUGUUGUUUUCAUGCCUGCUAACACAACAUCCAUUCUGCAGCCCAUGGAUCAAGGGGUAAUUUCGACCUUCAAGUCUUAUUAUUUGAGAAAUACAUUUCAUAAGGCUUUAGCUGCCAUGGAUAGUGAUGUCUCUGAUGGAUCUGGGCAAAGCAAAUUGAAAACCUUCUGGAAAGGAUUCACCAUUUUAGAUGCCAUUAAAAACAUUCGUGAUUCAUGGGAGGAGGUCAAAAUGUCAACAUUAACAGGAGUUUGGAAGAAGUUGAUUCCCACCCUCAUUGAUGACUAUGAGGGGUUCAAGACUUCAGUGGAGGAAGUAAGUGCAGAUGUGGUGGAAAUAGCAAGAGAACUAGAAUUAGAAGUAGAGCCUGAAGAUGUAACUGAAUUGCUGCAAUCUCAUGAUAAAACUUUAACAGAUGAGGAGUUGUUUCUUAUGGAGGCGCAAAGAAAAUGGUUUCUUGAGAUGGAAUCUACACCUGGUGAAGAUGCCAUGAACAUUGUUGAAAUGACAACAAAGGAUUUAGAAUAUUACAUAAACUUAGUUGAUAAAGCAGCAGCAGGGUUUGAGAGGAUUGACUCCAAUUUUGAAAGAAGCUCUACUGUGGGCAAAAUGCUAUCAAACAGCAUCGCAUGCUACAGAGAAAUCUUUCAUGAAAGGAAGAGUCAACUGAUGCGACAAACUUCACUGAUGUCUUAUUUUAGGAAAUUGCCACAGUCACCCCAACCUUCAGCAGCCACCACCCUGAUCAGUCAGCAGCCGUCAACCUCGAGGCAAGACCCUCCACCAGCAAAAAGAGUACGACUCACCGAAGGCUCAGAUUGAUCAUUAGCAUUUUGUAGCAAUAAAGUAUUUUUAAAUUUAGGUAUGUAUAUUGUUUUAUUAGACAAUGCUAUUGCACUCUUGCUAGUCUACAGUAUAGUGUAAACAUAACUUUUAUAUGCAUUGAGAAACCAA